AUGGCGGAAAGUCUUCACAACAUCCCGAUGGUCAUUGAUAAUGGCUCAGGGACCAUCCGCGCAGGCUUUGCUGGCGAGGACCUGCCCAAGUGCUACUUCCCGUCGUUUGUCGGCCGCCCCAAGCAUCUGCGCGUGCUCGCCGGCGCCCUCGAGGGUGACUGGUUCGUCGGCCCGCGUGCGGCCACUGAGCUGCGCGGCCUCCUGAAGAUCAACUACCCGCUCGAACACGGCAUCGUCACGGAUUGGGACGACAUGGAAAAGAUUUGGGCGUACAUCUACGACGAGGGCCUCAAAGUGCUGAGCGAGGAGCACCCCGUACUGCUGACGGAGCCGCCACUCAACCCGCGCAGCAACCGUGACACGGCCGCGCAGAUUUUGUUCGAGACGUUCAACGUGCCGGCGCUCUACACGUCGAUCCAAGCGGUGCUGUCGCUGUACGCGAGCGGACGGACGACGGGCAUUGUGCUGGAUGCGGGCGACGGCGUGAGCCACGCGGUGCCCGUGUACGAGGGCUUCGCCAUUACCAACUCGAUCCAGCGGAUCGACGUGGCCGGCCGCGAUGUGACCGAGUACCUGCAGACGCUGCUGCGGAAAACGGGUUAUGUGUUCCACACGAGCGCGGAGAAAGAGGUGGUGCGGCACAUCAAGGAGGCGACGAGCUACAUUGCCGUGGACCCCAAGAAAGAGGAGAAGGACUACAUGACGACCAAGUCGGACCCCAAGAAGACGGCCGAGUUUGUGCUGCCCGACGGCAACAAGCUCAAGGUCGGCCCCGAGCGGUUCCGUGCGCCCGAGAUCUUGUUCGACCCGGAGAUUAUCGGCCUCGAGUACCCUGGCGUGCACCAGAUGGUUGUGGACGCGAUUGUGCGGACAGAUCUCGACCUGCGCAAGUCGUUGUAUGCCAACAUUGUGCUGUCGGGCGGUACGACUUUGACCAAGGGCUUUGGUGACCGGCUGCUGCACGAGAUCCGCAAGAUUGCGGUCAAGGACAUGCGGAUCAAGAUCUUUGCGCCGCCAGAGCGCAAGUAUACGACGUGGAUCGGCGGCAGUAUUCUGGCCGGUCUGAGCACGUUCCGCAAGAUGUGGGUCAGUAUCGACGAUUGGCACGAGAACCCCGACAUCAUUCACACAAAAUUCACGUGA